UUACUUUUAUUAGACGGUAAAUAAAUUUAAUUACUUUCUUGAAAAUCAAUGAAAAUGUCAAAGUGGGCUACGAUUACGUUGUCGCUACUUUUAGCAAAAUCUAUAGAAGCAAAGAUCGAAAGAAAUUUGAUCGGAUCAUCUGACGGAUUAAAAGCGAUCGAACAUGUGGAAAGAUUAUGUAAAAAUGAAACUCACGCAGAUUCUUCGGCGAGUGAAGGGAUAAUCGUAAAAGAAGAUAGGAAGACUGAAAAGUGUGUUAAUAGAACGGUGGGAAAUACUUCGUCAAAGGAGAAUUCCAAACACCGACGAACGUCCUAUAAAGACAAUAAAAUUGAUUGGAAUUCUGUAAAGAAAUUUGCACUCCAGAUGCCUCGGGAUUUAAGGACGAGGGAAAGCAAUUUAAAGGGCGAUACCUUUGAAAGCGGUAAUCUUUCUCCAUUUUUCAACCUACGUUUAAACAAGGAAACGGAAAGUCUAUCGGAUAAAACAAAAGAAGCAAGUAUUAAAUCCGGACAUUUGGAAAAACAGAAAGGUUACGAUUUGGAACCUGGAAAUUUUAGCAAUUCGUUAUCGAAAACGCGAUUAUUACAAAUUAAAGGGAUUAAAUCAGUGUUGAUUAAAGAUAUGUUAAAGGUAGUACUGAAUAAAUUAAUGAAUAACAAGACUUUGCAGACUGAGGAGUUGGACGGACCCAGGACGGAAAAUCUUCCUGAUAACAGCCUUUACGAGUUAUCUAGUAACGAAAGAUUGGUAAAUAAAAGUGUUAUUAAUGUGGAUCAAAAUUAUACAAAAAAAGAGUUACUUGAGUUAAAUAGAAGAAGAUCGCCAGACGAUAAGUACAUAAAUACGUUAUCGAAAACGCGAUUAUUACAAAUCGAAGGGAUUAAAUCAGUGUUGAUUAAAGAUUUGUUAAAGGUAGUACUGAAUAAAUUAAUGAAUAACAAGACUUUGCAGACUAAGGAGUUGGACGGACCCAGGACAGAAAAUCUUCCUGAUAACAGCCUUUACGAGUUAUCUAGUAACGAAAGAUUGGUAACUGAAAGUGUUAUUAAUGUGGAUCAAAAUUAUACACGAAAGAAGUUACUUGAAUUAAAUAGAAGAAGAUCACCAGACGAUAAGUACAUGAAUACGUUAAGGUAUUUACGCAAAUUUCCAAACUGGGCACAUUUGUAUAAUAAAUCAGUCAAUGCUUGGGAAAGAAAGGAAACUCGCAACUCGAUGUUACAAGCUCAGCAUUUGAGACUCUUAGAUAUGAAAAACGCAUUAAGAAGACAAUCUACGAGCAAGGAAACAUUUCAAGAUAAAUCAACAGUUUUGGAAAUGGAAAAAUCGAAGAGAAUAAAAGUAAAAACUCCUGUCUGGGGAAAUGUAACGAACAUGGAGAAGGAUUCAUGGAUAACGCCCUGUCGUACCGAGAACGGAAGUAAUGAGACUUGCGACACCUUUAAUGUAUCUUCUUCCCUCGCUAAACAAAUAAAUAGUAAAUCUAAAACGAUUUAUUCGAAAAUACAACACAUCGAUUCACGCUCAUCUCUGAUACCGAGUAAAAAUGAAGAAGAAAUCGAGGGUAGAGAAAGACGUCAAGUGUCUAAUGAUAAUAAUGAAGAUAUAUGGCUUAGAUUAGGUUUUAAUGGAUAUAGAAAUUUAUUAAGUAUGCACGCUUUCUUCAUACGCGAUGAAAACAUUAAAAAGUGCGGUGCUCCGACCACCUGGAAGACUACAUCGCGGUACUUUAUAUGCAGCGGAGCUAUUUUAACUUCUACUUUGGCGAUUACCAGUGCAUCGUGUAUCUACAAGGCCUUGUACGAUGAGCAUCACAUUCAGGGGCAAUUGGCUGUUCUUGUCGGUAUUGGGCCAAUUUUUAGUUAUGUCGUUACAGUGACACGUUAUAGUCUACACCCGAAAUAUUCCGAGCAAAACGACUUCGUUACUCACGGAGUAGCCGUUGUUUAUUUCGACUGCCCGGUUCCAGAGGGUGAAAUCGGGUUUCCAAAAUUGUCAACCGAUGCAACAGACGUCAAUCGAAAGUGCUGCAAAGACACGUGCCCGAUUCUUACCGUAGUGCAACAUCCAGCGAAUACACACGUAGUGAGAUUAAUGACGCCUAAGCAUCUCUUGAUGGCUGAUGCCAACAAGAUAAAAAAGGACAUCAUAAGUAAUAUCACUAAUGUUACGGAAGCUCCGCUUGUUUCUUCGUCGACUGAUAGAUCAAAAAUGGAAACAGCGAGACUAGAGAAAUCGGUAUCCAAUAAAAGAAGGCCGUCGCGGGAAAUUACGUUUGGUCGAGAUGUAACGACAUUGCACGGGAACGUCACCGAAUUGAAUGUGGCUCCAAAAGUGGUCCGAGAGGACCCGAAUCUUCCGAAGCAGCCAGACGCGAAAAAUGUUUCAUAUACCAACGUAAAGGCAGUCAAAGAUUAUUCUAAGUGGAUAGUUAGCGAGCUGAUGCGUCGUUUCAUGUCGGCAAUCGAUCCUAUGUUAGAAACCUCUUUGAACCUCCACGAUAUGCUCGAUAUUGGCCAUCACAAUUCAUCUCAAGAAUACGCCGACAGAGUAGCGGAUAUAAUUACGCAAGGUGCACUGGCAACUAGCACUAGUUUCCUACACCUGUGACGAUGUUCAGCCGUCAGUGAAAUGGCAGUAUACCAGUAUCUACAGUAACGUGAAGUUUUUGGAAGAACGCAUGAAAGGUCCUUCUCCGGAGGAUUGGAUAUUCGAUGGUAAAGCGUACGAUCCCAACGUGGUUAAA